AUGACAACAAAAAUGGCGGAUGAGUAUCCCGAGAGAUUACUCGGACAAGAUGAGGAAGGGUGAUCAUUUUACCUUGCCUUUUUGAUAUUUCGAAGUUUUUUGAGGUUUUUGAGUGACUGCUUUUCGAAAAGAAAUGGUUUGAAUUCCAGUUUCUUCCAAAAUCACAUAGCACCCUUAAGUUCAACUUUUUCGGAGCAUUAAGGAACUUGUUGGAAGAACUUCAAUAUCAAAGUCGAGCAUUCUUACUUCUUUUCUUCCAGAAUGUUGGCUGACCCAGAACAAGUCUGGAGUUACUUGAAUGGAAAGGUAUGUCGAAAGAAGUUCGAAAAUUUAAUCUUUUCCUUGUAACAUACUUAUUUAAUAAUGAAUGGAAUUAUAUUAAGCUUAAUAUCUCGUUAAAUUUUCAUCUGUUUUCAACUGUUUAUAUUUAACUUCCCUUUCUCUUUAAUUUUAUGUAACCGCGGAUCACUUAGUUUAUUUUCUGUAUUGUAACUAUCUCAAUUGGUUUCCCUUUUUCCCGUAAAAAGUUCCCUGCUUGAUGUCUACUAAUUUUAACAGCUGUUUUAAUGAGUAUUUCUUUUAAAAGGACUUUAAAGCAACCAAUAUCUUGACUUCCUUGUAGCCUUUUAGGUAAUUGUAAAGUUAUUGUAAGGAAUUAAACAGAAGUGGCUUGAUGGCUAGCUAGAACUUGCUAUGAGUGUUUAAAUAACGCCGGGAAGAUAAAUAUUUAACUUCAGUUGUUAGAUAGCAAGAAAGGUAUAUAGGUACCAUAAAUCCUCUGUAAGCUCCCCUCAAAUGCACUUGAAAUAAACACGACCCUCCCCAGGGGCUUAAUAAGGGAUUUACAGUGUGAGUUAUAAAGAACAAGCAAUGGUGCAUAUUUUAGUGGCCCUCAUCGAGACCGCCUUUGGUGACUCAUCAGUCAAGGCUAGCAUCUUGAAGAAAGGGAAAGGUUAUAUCUAUGUUGGUGCAUUCAUGGGUCAGCAGCCAGCUCUUCACUUAGGAAUGGCAUACUGCUGACCCACUUGAAUGAGAAUGCUUGUUUUAUUUCACUUAUUCCUAGGAAAUUGGCGCACUAUUCUGUAGUUAUCAUGCCAAAUCUUUUUUUUAUAUCCUUAUAAGGAACCAAUAAUCAGAAAUAAAGGUGAGGCAGUGAUCAGGAGAAGAAGGAGGGAUAUGGGUGGAGUUAGGGUGAAGGAAUGACCUGGAUGGUUGUGAAGUUAUCAUUCACUCACUGUAAAGUGUUUAGAGAUGACUGGAAGUCCAAAAUGGCUGGUUACUCUAUUUCAAACUGCUUAAAAUCUUUUUUAUGUUUGGCCAGGAUGUAGCCAAAGUAAAUGGAAUUUUAAGGAUUUUCUAGUAGGAAAUUGAACAAUAAAAUAAAAGUAGAUUGUCAUUGAAUUUGAAAUAGAUGUCUCUGCACUUUCUCAUAAAACAUGUAUAUCAAGACAAUCAGUUUCUGUUGUAUGAAUCUCUAAGAAAUUAGUUUCCCUGUGCACUACAUUACCUCCCUGAGUAAGAUACCAGUACAUAUGUCCCUUAAUAAUAUCUUCUGUGUUUUUCUUUCUAGGAAUCUUCAUCUUCUAACAUUACUCCAGCAGUAACUGAAAACCUUUUCAGAAUAUUAGAAAUGCAAGAGGACAUAAAUAAUCCAACAGAGUUGAUAGAUGAUAAAAAUAUUGCCUUAGAUAGCAAAUGUCUUGAACGUGCUGUGGCUUGUCUGGUGAAAAUCAUUCAUCUUAUUCAUCAUGAAGACAUAAGAAACCAACAUCAGGUAUGUGAGCUGCUAGCCUGUGAGCAGAGUCUCCCAGGAGACUCUGCUCGCAGGGUAGUGAGCGGCUUACAGACAUCCACAUCGCUUCUCCCUUUCCAUGAACUAUUUUUAUUGGUGAAAUACCUAUUAAAACUAAUUCCCAGUGAAAAGCACUGCUAUAAUAGCUCAUUUCAAAGUUACAGGUGGAAACUAGGCUGGAAUUGACCUUGUUUUGAUACAACCCUUCCUGCUUUAUCUUGUAAAUAAUGCUGUUCUUAGGCCAACUAGUAUUUUUUAAGCAAAGAAUUUACAUUAGAAAAGAGAGGGGGCUUGUAUCAAAACAAUGUCAACCUCAGCCUCAAGUGCACUCAAAGGUAAUGGACACUAAGCCCACAACUGUAAAAUGGCCUAUUGUAGUUUGGUUAUUUGGAAGUUAAUAGGGCUUAAACACUCCACUGUGGUACUACCUUGGUUUGAUUUUAAAUUUAGGCACAGUGAUGGUUGAACAAACAUAAUUUUCCAAAAAGUUGGGUCCAAUACUAAACAUGGAAUGAUCAGGUCCAACUCAGGAAGUGUCUUGGAAAAAUAGUCCAACCAAGCAAUGGUUGGUCUGGUUUACUGAAAGUUGCCCUUUCUCUUUCCAUUUCUAAAACAGAAUGUCGUGAAAUUUUAGUUGAGUGAAUCAUGCCAGUUUAACUGAUUUGUUUGGUGUCAAUAUUUUUUUUCCUCAAUCCUUAGUGUCUGUUGGAUACACCUUCAUUGUUAAAGACAUUUCUUGAAAUUCUUAGUCAGAGGUAUGAGAUACAUGACUGUUUUAAAUUCUUCACUGAGCUGCUGACAGAUCACCCAGUUGUUAUAAUCAUCGAGGCCUGCAGCUUUCUCCUGACUUAUACUCAGUUGUAUUUUUUGACAUUAUCAUCAUAUGUUAUACUGAUCUUAGUUUGUUUAUUAAUUUUGUUGUCUUGGUUAAGGGACAAAUGCCAUGAAUCUCCAGUACAUUUUGCCAAGACUCUGUGUAUGCUGGGUAAGAUAUUAUUUACACUACUUUUUUAAGACUAAUUAUGGUGUAAUCUUAUGGUAAUGAUAAAUUAUUGUAACAAAAAGGUAAUAGACCAUGUACUAGUACAAUAAUAAACUCUAGUGAGGCAUUAUAUCUGAUAUUUUCGUUCCUCAUCAUUGUUUUUUUUCUGCUUCUUACAGAUGCUAUCCCAAGGAUCCUGGAUUGUAACAACUAUGAAGAACUGCAGGUAUGCAUGUACUUCUUUUCAUAAGAUCCUGUUUCUCUUAAGAUGUAUGCAAAAUUGUUUCUGCCUACCAUAAUACUGCUACUAAUUCCACUGUGAUUUUGUGUGUGUUUUUAACAUUGUUUACCCAGGCUGUAUUUGUUGGAGUAGGAUGCUUUGAGCAUAUCAUUUCUGUAUUAGACUAUGAGGUCAGUCAGUGAGCAUUAUGUUAAAAUAUUAAGUUGUAAUAAAUACUGGGAUAAUUUUUUUCUAAUGUUACAACUUGGUAAACAAGUAUACUAUUGUAUCCAUGCAAGAGUGGUACUCUGCGUGAGUUAUAAUGAGUGUUCAUGAUGGAGUGGACUGUGUUUGUGUUCUGUUAAAAUUAAUGGUCUGGGCCAGGCUGUUCAAAGCAGGGCUAAGAAAACCCAGGGUAAGUGCAAAGUUUGAAUUCAGAUAUAAAAGGUUAAAAGGCAAAUGCCUUGUCUACGAUUUGAUGGUCGAAUGCUCUAAAGAAUAGAGAAAAUUAUCCUAGAUGAACAAAACAAAAGGAAACCAGGAUAGAUUUUAACCCUGGGUUUGUGAAAUUCAGCCUUCUAACAACUGGGUCCUGGUGUGACCCAAAGAUUAAUCAUGUUAGUUCUUUAAAAAAAUUUUUCCUGCAACUGUGAAAGUAACUAACUAUAAUAGGUACCCUGUCUGCAUUACAAAGGCAGAGGUUGUCCUCUAAGUACAGAAAAUAAGUGUAAGUGUGUCCUUACAUGUCAGAGAGACUUGUCAGCAUUUACUGUGUUCUUCUGCACCUUUUUUUUCAAACAGUGUCAGAGUGCUGAUGAUCAAAGCAGGCUUUAUCAGAGCUGUAUGCUGGCCAUACAGAGAAUCACGCAUUCAUCACCUGCUGCCCAGGUAGUUGUUAAAAUUUGUCUUGUAGUGAAUAAUAUCCCUGGUUUGUUAUUAAUAGCAGAGCUGUCAAUCCAGUGAACCAAGGAAGAAAAAACAUUUAUAAUCAGCAUCACCCAAGUUACAUGUAUUCCUUGAAAAGUACAAUUUUUGUUUGUAUUUGUACAUUUAUUGUUUUCAUACUUGUUAAGUUUUUGAGUCCAAGGAAUGAAGUGAAUAAUUUCUCUUUCCAGGAAGUUUUUAAGUUUAGCGUGAGCUUUGAAAAACUGUGCCAUUAUCUGAAAAGACUUGAAUCCCCGACAGAAGAAUUUUUUCAACUGCUUUUUAACUGGGUAAGUAACCAUCCCCACCUGUGGUUCAAUUUCAUUAUUGUUUUAAAUUUAAUUUUUUCUUUUUUCCACUUUUGUUAUCAUACAUUAAUCCCCAAAACAAAGGAGUAGGUAGCUGCCAAAGUUUGCCAGCUGCUUGGUCUUAUAUAGCACCCUGAAGAUGCUUCCUUGUCAAGCCUCCACACUCUUGUCAGCUCCUCUCUGUCAUUUUGUUGGCUGAAAGAUGCCUAACUGUUGACAGUUUGUUAACAGACCAUUGGUCAUUAGUAAGCCACAAUCUUAAAGUCUUUAUGUAGCUGCUUGACAAGUUCUUUGCUGAAUUGCCUGUCACUUUGUUCCAACUUUACACUCUAGGUAGUGGAAGGAGUGUACACUGAAGGAAGUAAAGUGAUAAACAAUGUGGAUGUUGUUUUAUUACUUUUGAGUUGGUUACCAUCUUUAUCAGUGGAAAGGAAAAGGUAACUUACAAUAAAUUAACAAAUUAAGGUCAACUCUAAGAUGUGCACUAUCAGGGCUAGCACCAGUUAAAUGUCCAUUAGAGAGAGAGGUCUGCCUCAUAACGAGUUUUAAAAAAACAAGGCCUAAAGAAUGGCAGCAACCAACCCUUUGUGUCUUGUUAUGAAGGUGUCUGUCUUGCAGAAGUGUUUGCCAGAGACCAUUUCUAGGUGUCUGUUUUGUAUGGAGGUGUCCAUUUAGAGACAGCUGACAGCACAGUCCUUAAUAUGGACACCAAACGGACAGAGUGGGUAUUCACUCUGCAGCUCUAAGUGUUGGUACCAAAGAGCCAGGAAUUGUAGAAAGCUUAUUAUUUUUGUAGGUCCAAGGAAACUGUUUGCCUUAUAGCGGUAGAAAAGGGUUGACUGAAUUAGUUUUUGUUGCUUAAUUGAAUGCUCAGGUAAGUGGCACGACCUUGACUAAAUCAAAUGGGGGUGGGGGUGGUGGUAAGAUUGUAGUUAAGGUCCUGCAAUCCCAGUUGUUGUUUUAUUACUUCCUGUCAAAUAUGGUGAAUAUUUGAACAUUUGACGGCUUCAAUGCAUUCCACUGCUCAUUUGUGAGUUCUAUCAUUACAUCCAGUUGGACAGAUUGUUUUAAUUUCCAGAUCUACAUGUAGGGGUCAUUUUUAGCGGCAUAUGUGUCACUAAUGGCUUACUCACUUUUUUGUGCUAGAUAUGUGACAGACAUUAUUAGACGCUUGUGCAGGUUUUCUACACAUAAUGCCAUGUUAUGUAGUACAAAUGGGGUGUUUAGCGAAGUGGUUACUAUACUGGAGGGAGAUACACAGAAUAUUGACAACCUCUGGGCAGGUAUAUGACUGUAAAUCAUAAUGUUAUAAAUAAAAAGAGGUAAAGAUGCUUUGCAGUGUAUGUUUUAGUACCUUGUUUGCACCAAGUUAUUAUACAUAAUGACUUCAUAGGCUCAUAGUAAAUGCCUUAACACCUUUGGUACUGAUUUUGGCACCAACAAUUAGAUUUGCUAAUCACUGCAUUUCCUUAUGCAUUUAUUCUCCUUGUAGAAUCCCUGAUUGGUAUCCUGGAAGCUAUUGGCUCUCACUCUGUAACAUCAUCUGAACUGAAAAAGAUGAUCAGCCUUUUCUCACCCCUUGAGAAUGGCCAGCAGGUUAAUAAAUACACUGUUAGCCUAAACUGCAGGGAAGUAGAAGCUUGCGUUUUUUUGUUAUCAGAUGGUCUUGAUUUCCUCCCCAAGAAUAUCAACUCUGGGCAUCUUUUGUUCCUAGACAAAAUUAAAACAACUUCUGACAGAACAUCUGCAAAAUUUGAUUUUGAUCAUAUUAUCCAAAAUAUCAUGAGUUUUACCUGAAUUCUGAAUAGAAAUGGGAGGAAAUUUACACAUGUCCCUUCAAGACAAUCAUUUCCGAAUGUAACAAGAGAAUUUUAAUAUAAGAUUCUUAUUAGAGGCUUUACUCUUUUCAGGUUCACUGUACAUGUCAUAUGAAGCUAAUAAAGUUUGCUUUUUUUACAGGUUGCUUUUGCUUACAGGUUACUUCAAGCACUUGUAAAGAUUUCUUUUAGCAGCAGCCGCUUGAGAUCAAAACAUUUCUUUGAUCUUAACCACCCUUCUGCUGUGAGUAUAAAACAAAAAUAAAAAUUUACUCUUGCUUAAGUUGUCAUAUACAUGGCUAUCAAAUGGAAAUUAGGACAAACAGGAAUAUUUCAAAAACAUUCAUGUGUAAGACAUUUACAGUGCAUACAAAUCUGCCAUAUAUGAUGUUUUUUGGUGAAUUCUGAUGAGCAAGUUAAUAAUUAAGACCUUUCCGGCAGGCACAACUAUUUUUUGAAAAUUAUUCAGUUAAUGUUGCUAAUAGUUCUUUAAAGACUCAGUUUUCUUAAGAUAUUCUGGAAAGAUGCCUUUGAAUAAUGAUAAUUGUGUUUUGUUUAGUCAAGAAAUUUUGCUCCCUAUUGGCUCUUUCCUAUGGUAUAGCUAGGGGCCCCUUACAUGUAUAUAAAUGGUAAAACCAAUGGUUGACUAGAGUUUCCUUAGGACAUGUUCUUAGUUGCUAUGUGCUAAUAUAGGAGAUCAAAGAAACUGGGUUACUUUAAGUCAAUGUUUACAGCUUAUGCACUAACAUUUUAUAACUGUGUUUUAGGGCAUCUCAGUUCCAGGCUUGCAGAAAUGGCCUGGUAACAGUUUUACAUUCCAUGCGUGGGUGUGCCUGGGACCUUUGGAUAUGAAGGAAAUGAAAGGAAAGAGAAAAGCAAGCUCUGAAAGAAAGAUUUUUCACUAUAGAAGAAACUUGUAUAGGUUGGUUCACAAAUUCAUUACACAACUAACUUUGAAAAACAAAGAGAAUUAAAACAAAGAACUCCUCGGGAAAUUAACAUUCCUUUUGGACAUGGAAUGUAUAGAAAUCGUUUGAAUAGAGAACCAAGCUUUCAACUCCUUCAGUAGAUAAAAGGAAGUAACAGUAAAUAUCUAUCAAACCUAUGAUAUCAGUCUUACAUCCAUUUCAUAAUAUUAUCUUUGUAAUGCUUGAGUUUUAUAAUAACAAUUUUUUUCCUCAGCUUUUUUACUAGCUCUGGAGCUGGUGUGGAGGCAUUUUUCUCUACCACUGGUCAUCUAAUCGUGGCUGUCUGCAAUAAAAAAGAAUACACAACUGUAACUGUGCCUGUAUGUCAGCUUUGUGAUCGCAAAUGGGUAUGUUCAAUGCUAAGCAUGUCUGUCAAUUUCAAAUAUGUAUGGUUAUGACACUGUUUAGCUCUUGGCAUAAGGCACUCCAGGUGACAUAUAACAUACCUUUGUUAGGAUAAAUACGUUGCUGCAUGUUACUGUAUCAGCCUUUGUUCAGCGUGUUUGUUGCCAUACACUUGAAAUGACAGAUAUCAGCUGAGACAUCGCUUCUCUAAUGAACCAAAGUACUGCAAAAUAAACGUAUUAGCAUCCCAUCCCAGGGAGGAGUGGUAUAAAUAUCCCUAGUAUUUUCACAUUUACGUUUCCUUAUAUAAUUAUAUGUACCUUAAAGUUUACACGCUAUUUUUCAUGUAAUAUUGCACAGAACCUUCCAUUACUGUCAGCAGUUCUUGACAUUUGUUUUUUUUUUUUCAGCAUUCUUUGGCAAUUGCCCAUAUGUCUUCUCGUCGUCCUUUUAGCCCAAGCACGGUUUCUGUUUAUAUAGAUGGUGUACUGAAGAUUAAUUGUCCCUUAAAGUUUCCAUCUCUCAAUGAGGUAUAUUAGAGUUCUUUAGUUGUCAAUGACUCAUGACAAGACAAGUACAAAAUCUAAUCAGUGCUUCUAAAUCGCCGAUGGUGGAAACUAGAAAAGGGCAUAGUUACACUUAAUCUGUACUUAGUUUAAUAAAAAGGUGGGACUACUAAGAUAGAUUCGAAAGCUAGAAUACAGAAUACCUUGGCAAGCUUUAUACUGCCCUGUUGGUACAUCAUGUACUAUCCAGCAAAUGUCCACUUUACAGGCUCUAGAGAUAGGACCACCUUGAACAGCACAAUACACUAUCAACAGUUGUUCAGGAAAAGUGCUGCUCUAUAGUUUUCCUUCGAAUGAUGACACUUUGGAACAGUCACCUUACAUGACUGACCACUAGCUGACUAAGCAGGGAGGCUUGUUUGUAUUUGAUUGUCAGUUUUCACUGUACAUGUUUUAGGACCUUGCUGUAUGUCAGAUUGGAUUUGGAGUCCCUCAGACCGUCUGCUCACCCAAGGAACUGGAUGUUAAAGCUACUCCACAGUUCAAGUUUCCGUUCUCCUUUUCUGGCUCCGCAUCAGACAGGAACGCAUCACCACACUGCUCCACCAUCUCAGCAGGUUCACAGGAUUAUGUUUGGGGUGUUCCAACCUCUUUACAGGGUCAGCUGGGUCCUGUGUGUGUCUUCAGUGAAGGACUUCAAGAAAACUCCAUCACUGCAUUGCAUGCGGCAGGUAAUGAUAACGUAAAGCAUCAUUUUUAGUUUAUCAAAGUAAGCAAGGUAUAUUUACUUUUGCCCCCCAAAUACCACUUAUUAGCUGAGGAAAUGGUAUGUACGUAUGGUACUAAGAGAUCAUCAAGCUUAUGCAACUUUGUGGUUCAGCACCCAAGAUGGUGAUGGCAUUUCCGUGAUAUGGAUUGGACUUGAUUAGACUAGACUAGAUUGGGUCUUGGGAACAAAGUCAUAAUUCACAUUAUACAGAUGCAGACCUAAAGCUAAUUGAACCUGGUUGCCAACAAGGAUUUACAGAAGACCCAUAACGACCACAACCUGAUCUGUUUUUCUCAACGUUUAGCUGCGUGAUAUUUAAAGUAGUUCUUAAACACACUUACGUGGCCAUCACUUUUCUUUUUUCCUGUAACUCGUUUUUAUUGGUUUCUUUCAGGUCCAAACGACAUCAACUUGUUUCAACCGGUUGAUGCUGCUACCUCUACGCAGCAAGCUUUAUUUGACUUAUCUUUAAAACUUGUUCUUUUUUACAAUUCCAAGGUAAGUGCAGGUUCUCUUAGUUGGCACAAUAAUUUAAGCCAUCACACUCCAUACUCCGUUCUUUCCUUUGCGUACUUUCGCUGCAAACCCUUUUAUGCGUCCUUUUGCCCUAUAUGCACCAUAAGAAGUGUUGUAGUCAUCCUUGAGUUUGUACAUCCCUCGAAUUUUUGAUGGCAAACCUUCAGGUGGAGUUUUUAUCAACCAAAACCAGAUAAAUCCGUCUGACCAACUUAAACAGUGGACACGUGCGUUCCAGCAAGGCGUAUUGUUGUUUUAUUUUAUUGUGAUUUUUAAGAUGGAUCAUGAAGUUAACAGUUAUAGCAUUACCUCUUCAUUACUACAGUAUUCGAGAACCCACCCGUAUCGGAAAUAACUUAGUUUGCCCUUUUUGCUUCUAGGCGGGCCGUGAACAUAUGUGUUGUGACUUGACACCAGCUCAGCCGGGACGAGAACAGUUGAAUGGCAGGUAUUUGUCAAUAUUGAUGCAAUAGUACGUGAAUUAAUUAAUCCACGCUUGAUUCAUCCUAUGUGUGACCAGAGGUGCUAGCUGCAACUAUCGUAUGACGUAGAGUGAUAGUGUUAGCCGGUACAGAAUGUCACUAUUUGCGGAUUGCUGAUCCCUUUUGCGAGGAGAUUUGUUUUAUGUUUCUGUAAGAUUUGUGUGCUUAUGCCAAACGUUAAACAAUAUACCGUUAAACUGUAACGACCUCAGUUAAAUGUAAGGCAACGCAUCUUUCGGGAUAUAUUUCUGACUUUUCUACUUUUAAUAGGUUAACUGGCCAUAGAUGCACUACUUGGGACAUGAAGGUAAUUAAAUAAUUUGAGUUUGAGGGAUCGAACGUAUGACGUUAUUGUGCCCCUGACGGUCGUUGUCAUAUAGGAACACCUGACAUGGGACAUAGAAAUUCCCUGUUUACUACUCAAACACAAAUCUUUGUUGUUGUUGUCGCCAUCAUGAUCAUCAUCAUUUAUCAUCAUUACUGAUAUUUUCAAUUUUCUUUGUCAUUUUCAGGAUGUUCUUCGUUGUAUUGGAGGCAUGAAGAUAUUUUUACCUUUAUUAGAGCAGAUCUCGUACUUUCAGCCAUCAACGCGUUGCCAUGGCAACAGUGAACAACUGAAACUAUUUGAUCUUGAAAAGUCAACAGACGAAAAAGUGGCAGGAAUUUUGGAAAGGUAUUUGUCUGAUUUACUAGAUCUUAAGAGGUUGGGUGCUUAGAAAAAUACAAGUCACGUUAUUGUUAUGUUCUUGGGUUGUCAGUCUAACUCAUGUGAAUCAUUGAUAUCACAGGUCUCCCAGCUGCACAUCUGAUGAAGAUCAAAGUGAAAAUAGUCUGCCCAGUGUUGGAGAAAGUAACAGUGCAUGCGCAGAGGAAAAAGAGGAGGAGGAGUGGGUUUUUAUAAGGGAUAACUUCGACCUUCGCGUUUACAAAAAAGACUUAUACAGACUCUGCAAGUCACAAAACUGUAACGGAGUUGCGUUAUUCUUAUUUUUGCUUCUAAGUAUUCUAACAGGUCACGACAUCAAAGAUGAGGAAUUCGCAGAGACACUUUCUUAUGUGGGUAGCAUAUUAAGAAAUAUGGACAUUCAGUUCAUAAACGUUCAAGUUUUGAGGUCGCUACAAGCGUUGGUGGAAUGCGUGAAUAACGAAACUAUUCUGCAGAGUAUUUAUGAAAAUCUCCUGUUUGAUUUUCGUAUCUGGAGCUCAAGUGAUUUUAAUGUUAGAAUAGGACAUAUUCAGUUUAUAUCAACACAAAUCAAAGAUAAUCCCGUUAGAUUUCGUUCAGAGUAUGGUGUUAGAUUUUUUCUUGACAUUAUAAGCCAAUACUAUGGUGAGGAUGCGUCCAUGAGUAAUUCCGCUGGUCGAAAACAUGACAACCAAGUACAGUUGCCUCAAGAGGAGAUCAAGAUCAUCAGAGCAUCUCUUUUAGGUUGGUAUAAACAUCAUUAAAAAACAUUGGUAAGCGUUUAAACCUUAACUAUACGACAGGUUUACUUAGCUCUGGAAUAAAAAACUUCCAUAUUCUCUUUGUUAUGGUGUAGAUUGACACCGCGGUAUAUAAAAUGUCUAGUUUGGUUCUUAUACCCUUAUAUAUAUUUGAGAGUCAUGUGAUGUUUAUGACGAGACGACAAUGUUUCCGACUUUACUGUAAUAUUUUCUUAAAUUUGUUGACUGCGACUUGUCUGCUUAACAUCGCAACUGGACUAGUUUUGUCGUGUUGUUAGUAGAUGGCUUUCCAUAGGGCCAAGUAUAUAAAUUCUUCCAUAAUUAUGUAACAUGGGUGUAUAAAUAGGGUCCUGUGUACCCCAAAAGAAUUUCACGCAAAUGAUUAUUGGAACGUGCAAAAGACUCGGCAAGGCUGUAUUCCCAGUGUCAGGUCAUACACUUGAGCUUUCAGAUGUUUUCAAAUUGGUGCUUUUAAUUACUAACUGUGGUUUCUAACCAGAUAAUCGCUCUUUGUUGGAUCGUAGAGAGUCGACACAGUUUCUCGAAUUGUUGUUACUACACAGCUUUACUUUGCGGUGAUGUUUAUUGUGUGAUCCCAUUUUAGGGUUAAUUAAGUUUUACUUGACGGAAAAAGUCAAAAGAGAGGAGGUCUGGUACAUAGUCGAGUAUUUGACAUGCGUCACUGAUCCACAACAAAUCCAAGAAGUAAUAGAUGUUUUGUUGUCACUCUGUGAACGAGCUACCAAGAGCAAGAUGGCUAAACGACUAUCAGGUACAAUUUGCCGCCUUAAAGAGAGUUCAACUUAGAAACACAUAAGUAAGGCCACCCAUUAGUGUGGUCCUUGGAAAGGUGUCCAUAUUACAUGGGCGUUUUCUCUUAAUGGCUUUACAGUCAACUCUCUCUAGGACAGACACCUUUUGGUGUCCAUAGUACAUGAGCGUUUUCUCUCAAUGACUUAACAGUCAACUGUCUGUAAGACAAACACCUUUGGAACCAGCACCAAGUGUUUGUCUUAGAGAGAUGUCCACCUUAUAGAGAGUCAUCUAAAAGGAGUAAAGAAAGGCAGGGACCAGCUCUAGGUGUCUGUUUUAGCGAGGUAUCUGUCUUAUAGAGGCGUCCGUUGAGAGAGAGGAGACUUUAGUAGCUAGUAUACAUGUGUGAAAGAAACAGUUGUACAAACUACAGAAAAGAUUAUUUUUCUGCUUCGGAAACAUACCAAACAAUGAAAAUAAAUAAAUAAAUAAAUAGACGGACUGAGCCUCUGCCUUCUGUCUUAAUUUGCUUGUGUUUUUUUUCUGCAUUUCUGAACAGAUCCCAGGUUCAUCCCGGUUUUUGUGACUCUUCUCAUCAACCACAGGAACGAAGACCUUCGUCUUAAGAUCCUCAAACUUAUGGCUGAUAUUAUGACAUCACACAGUGUACCAGAGGGUAACAGACCUUAUUGGCACUUGAAGCCUAUUGGGAUGUCCGCUGUGACAGAGAAACUGUCUGAUGACGUGUCUUUAGCCCUUGUGAAAAGUCUCCUCAGACUUGGUGUAUCCGAACAUGAUGAAAGUAAAGGUGUGGAUGUUUUGAUGCAUUAUCAGGUGGUCUUGGCUGUGUUGGAAAUGAUCGAAAAUGGAGAUUUGGAAACAAAGCUGCUUGUCAAUCACAUGGUAAGACAUGUAAAACUAUGUUGUAGGUAAUUAUUUGUUAUAUUUGCAACAUAAUGUAAUAUACUUCACUCUCACAAUUUUCACCUGUCAGUCUCUUUCUUAAACCCCUUCUAUUGUUUGGCCAUGGUACCAUAAUUCUCAGGGUGAGGGUGACACCGUUGGAUCAAUCAGUACUCUAUGGUGUCUCCAGGUUAACCUCCACAGUCGCUCGUGGCUUUGGGCUUUCUUUCCUCUUUGGCCCUUUUUAUUCUACGAUCUUUUCCGCCAGGGUUUUAGUUUGGAUUCAUACCGAGCAGAUUGUCCAUAAGUUUCAAGUCAGGGUCACCACCUUUUCGAAGCAUAAGUUAUUGUUGUGCUUGAACAGAUUUGCGAAAAAAAUGUUUUAACUUUCUCUUGAGAUUCUACGGUCACUUGAUGCCAACCACCUCAGCCUUACGCGAUGUGCUAAAGAAUAUGGGUGGCAUGUUACGCUGCUCAGACAGAUCACGGGCCCUUUUGGCAGGCUACAUGGCUACAGUGACGUAAGCAAUCAUAAUGCUGACGUCAAGGAAGAAAAGAGGCGGGGAGAAGAAGACUUAAUCGACACGGUGCUGGAAAUCGUGUUCAGAGUGAUGUGGAAAGGAGUGGAAGGAUUCAGAGAAUAUGAUUGGAAGGUAAAAACAUUCCUUCAUGGUAGGAAAUAGGAAAGCCCUGCCUCCAAACUUAUUCAUUCUUGCAUUUCUUUUCUUCAUUCAUUUUCUCAUUCAGUCAAUCUCCUCCCAUUUGAUUUUAAACAGUGUUUCUUCGACAGCUACAAUAACCUGUUAAAUUGCACAUUCUAGUAAAGAUUCCAAUCGUCUUGGUUAAAGUGCUUAUUCCAAAACCUGUAUCAGUAGAAGAGGUUUGCAAGAUGGUGACUGCAGUAUUCUUGCGUUUCAUAGGUGCGCGGUCAAGCCAUAGCAGCAGUGAGUAUUAUUUCCUCGGCUGAAACCUUCUUGGUCCCUUUUCGCGUUGUUGAGCGGCGCCUCCUGGAACUAUGUCUUCAGGGAGCCGUACAGGACAUCAAGGUGUCGGGACAGACAGGGGAGGCUGAGACGCAAAACGCGCUUAUGGUCAUGCGGCUGGUCGAGGACUUCUUGUUUACUCCAGGUAGUAUAUCACCGCACAGGGAGCCCAUCAUUGGGAGAAAUAUGUUGUUAUACUCUCUUCAGGGUAAACUGUUCGUAGGAACCUGUUAAAAUUUAUCACUCUUAAGUGUUCUCAGGUAAUUAAGACGGCAAGGCAAAUGUGACUUAGUGUUAUUUUGUUUUUCUUUUAGCUGGAAUUGCUGGAGCAGGAAAUGACGAGUCCGCAGACACCUGGAGUGUGAAAGUAGGUUGUCUGUUUGUUUGUUUGUUGGGAUCAGUUUAGGUUUCUGGGAUACUGCCCACUUACUCCUCCCCUAAGCCAGGAUUAACACUCCUCCCCUAGGACAAAGGAUUAACUAAAUUGAUCACUUCAUUGUCACUUAGGACAAAAUGUUGGCUAAUGGGACAAUGGGGAAUUGAACCUUUUUCUGAUUAUCGCCGGACAAUCAUAUCUAAUGUAUACUAGUAUGAAAAGCGUUCUUUUCCAUGUUUAAAUGCUGUGAAUACAAUCCAAGUGAUUAAAUACAAUCGACUCUACUGAUUGUCUUAGUGUAGCUUUCGUUGAUCUGGAAACCCUAGUGAACGGGGCAAAGUUCUCAACAGCAUAAAAGCUUUGACUUUUCCAGUCAAAGUCGUUAAGCUUUCAGGUGUAUGGUUUAAUCGAUUAAAAUUUGUCUUCUUUUUCAUCAGCUUGUUGAAAAUGUUGUUCUUCUCCUUGAAGUACUGAAUGUAUGGGAUGAGAGUGAGGACAAUGUAGAAUGGGAGGAAAUGAGCCAGGUGGGGGUGCGAAUUCUGUUGGCAUUUAUGUCACAGCCACAAACUGAAUAUUGUGCUACAGCUUCAUCUAAGCUUACCAAACUGUUGAAAGCCCGCAAGAUUUCUUCUCAAGGAGAGCUGUGCUACAUUAUCGGACACUUAUAUCAAGCAUUUGAUGCAUCAAGACAGAAAGGUACAUUAGCCGAUGUUCUAGUACCCAGGCGUUUUGUAGUGUUAGCGAGGUAAACAGAGUCUAAUUCAAACAUGAAUGGAAAUAUGAGAGAAUGUUUAAAUUUUUGUUUUCAUCGAGUAUAACAAGAGUCGUAUCAUUCACCCCGUGAUGUGGUCGUUUCCAGUCUCACUGCUGGUCUCUAUCAGACGACUAGGUCGACUAUAGUUUGUAAACAUUUUUAGGAUAUUGUGUAUAUAUAGCCUGAUUGUUUUUACCGUGUAUAAAUAAAAGUGAUGAUGAUGAUGAUGAUGAUUACACGUCUCUGUUCGUAUCGUUAUCGGGUGAACAAGUCCAGCGGUCGUUAUGAGAGUCAGACGUGUUUCAGCUAGCUCUUAAUACUUAGUCAGGCGAUGUUUUCGUUGGGUACAAACUAGCAAUAUGUUUAUGUUUAACCUUUGCUCCUAGCUCAGAUAGGCUAAUUCCAACCAUAGUAAGUAAACAUUUAGCUUUGGGGACGAUUCUUUUACUUUGGUCCGAGUCCUACUUCGUUGUGAACAAACAUGGGAAGAAACGAAACAGUGCAAACGAAAUCAGGCUUGUGAUGUUGUGAAUGAGCAGCCAGGGAAGCCUUAAGUAACUUGUUUUUCUAAUAGUUUAUAAAAAGCUUACUAUCAAAACAAAUCUUUACAAUUCGUUUCAGAAAAGUGCGAGAAUUACACCUUCAUCGUUCCAGUCCUACGUUUACUUCUUUUCAAAUACCACGAAACUCUACCGCUGACUAUUUACAUUCCUACAUUUUCUGCUGACCGCUCACAACUACUGGCUCAGGAGGAUUUUCUUCAAUUAAUGGAAAGUGAAGAACUUAAGGCAAUGAUAAAACAGCAGAUAAAUCCUGCAAUGAAACAAUACGAAAAUGCUUUGUAAGUUAAUUGCUUUUCGCUUUUUUAUAUAACGCCACUUUUAUGACAUGAAACUGCCUCUUCACCACUGGGAAUAGCACCAAGUGCCCCGCGUUUCAGGAAGGUGUCCACCCCCCUCCCCCCUGUCUCUGUAGAGGUGUUUGUUAAGAGAGAGUUGACUGUAUCGGAGUUGCAGGACGAGCAAAAACUCCAUCUUUACUGGGCAAUGCUUGUAUAUUAUGAACCUUCGAAAUAUGAACCGACAAAACAAUCGACGUCUGGGAUAGCCUCCCACGCAAACGUUCUUUUGGCUCGUCACGCAAUCCUAAAGUUACUUAGCUUUCUAACUACUGGAAAUGAAUGGCGACAGGCCUUUCAAAACGACAGGGAUCGGAGUGACAAAAUGGUAGGUAUUGGAGGGAGUUGCUCUGUGGUGCUAGAGAGAGAAAAUGGAUUCCCUUCAAAUGUAGGGGGUGAGGGGUUGGUUAUGGAACACAGUCCCGCAGUCAUUACCGAGAAUAAGAAGUCUAAUAGUGUUUUAUUCGACAAAGUUUUUUUAGGUAAUGACAUUUGUACUCAUAUAUUUCUCAGCUCCAAAACGUCGUUGGCCUCUGGCCGAUUUCUUAUGGACUGCCUGUCCGGUCUGACAGUCAGCGUAAACAAUAAAGAGAAAGUACGUGAAGAGAGCCGAGAAAAGUUCGAUGAACAGAUCACCCGACCGUUCAAAAAUCUUCAAGACUCACAGCGAGAAAGCUUGAAGAAUUUACCUGUGCAAAAAGAACAUCACAAGAACGCCAUUGCACGCCAAUGGAACGUACUCAAAAGAACGCUUAUGUCAGAGAGAUCCCCAUGGGGUAGCAAGUAUGUUGGUUUGUUGUUAAUGCGUUUCAAAACAGUUCUCUGUUAAAUGUCCUUGUCACUUUGAUUUAAAUUGAGACAUUUUCAAUCCAGUGCUUGCCGUCUUGUCUCCAUUGAUAUAAGGGGUGCAUGCGAAUCUCAUCUGAAUUAUUCCUGAGCUCCUAGUAUUUUUCUCAAAAGAAUUAGAACUCAAAACUUAACCUGAGAAAACAGCCGACGCUGCCACUGGUUUCUCCGCUAAAUGACAACUGAGAAACAAGCGCUGAUGACGCGUCACUACCCAGAUCUGGGUAGUGCUUGUGAUUGGUCGUGCCACAUGGAAAAUUUGAUUCAACCAAUCAGAAGCACUACCCAGAUCUGGGUAAUGACGCGUCAUCAGUAUCGAAUUUCUGCGCUCCUUUCUCAGACGUCAUUUGGUGGAGAAACCGGUGGUAGCGUCACCAAAUGUCGGCUGUUUUCUCAGGCUACUUAAAACUUGGAGAUUUAAGGACACUAAACCUCUAUUGUCAAUUGUCAAUUGUCAAUUCAUCUUUUAAGAGCUUUCUUCUUCGGGUCAAGUGCACAAGUUCUCAUUAAUCGUUGAAAAGAGUUGGGUAAGCCCUUGAAUCGAGAAACGUGGUCAGUAUUCGGUUGAGAGAAUGUGUUUGCUUUAAACUGUGUCAAAUCACAAAACCUUGUUUCGUCUCAGUAAUGAUUUGCAUUCUUCGUUGUUUUCGUUUGCUUUUACUUACAGGUUUCCAACGGAAUUGCAUUGGAAACUCUCAUCCACUGAAAAUUUUCAGCGCAUGCGCCUCAAAUUUAAACGAAACUAUACAUUCACGCCUCACACUGAUGCCAGUCGCACACGUGAUAACAUCACUGACGAGGUUGACGCGCGUGUGGCUUCAGUUCCCGUGCGUGUCGCGAAAGAAGCUGUGGUACAAAAUGUUGACGAGGACAAACUUGAAGAUGAUGAUCCUGGAAGUCCGACUGGUAAAGCGACCAGAGAGAGAAUGCGCGCAAUCUCGGAAACAGAAAGAACUCUUUUAGGUUAGUUUAAAUAUCAUUGAAUGAUAAUAUUUGCAUAGUGGUAUCAGCAGAGAAGUCGUAAUAAUAUUACGUAACGAAAAGUGGUAGCUUGAAGCUGAAAGCUACUAAACCAUGGGAGUGGAGUUUUCUGACCAAUCUAGGCGGUUUAUAAACCAAAAUUAUUUUGAAUUACAAGAACUGUGUAACGUGCCAGGGUGAGCAAAAUAGUUAUGAAGUUAUGGGAUGUAUAAAAGCUUCAAACCCUAACCACUUUCCUACUUCUCUACCCUGAACUGCUUCUGUGAAAAUCAAUAACUUCUUCAUGUAUGACCAUGCAACGCUCCACUGUGCAUCAUCGACUUCAUACAGUUGACGGUUGGUUGACACUAUCUCUGACUGCAGUGGUGUAAAUUAUACUUAUAUAUUAUACCUAUAUCCUGGAGACAGAAGACUUUUUUCCUUUUCACAGGAUACUAGUAUGAACCUGCACAUGAUGAGGUAUUUUUUUUUAUUUAAGGUGAAAAAUGUGAGUUGAUUACCCUGAUGGACAUAGUACCAGGAAAGUUUGAAAUCACUAAUACGCAUGUCUAUUUUUACGCGGAUGAUCCCGCUGGACGAGAUUUCCACUGGCCAUUAACUGAGCUGAGGGAAGUACAUCUAAGGCGGCACAAUCUUAGAAGAAGCGCAUUGGAGUUAUUUUUGAUUGAUCAGACAAACUAUUUUUUGAACUUCAACAAGGAGGUAUUUAAGGUUUAAAGUAUUUAAGGUUUAGAUGCCCUGUUGACUAAGUGUGUAAAGUUUCUGCCACUCUUCCUCGAUUGUGUUUAAUGUUAGGCUUGCAUCAAGAGAAUUGAAGAUUGCAAUGACUACGUGAAAGAGGAGACUACUUAGGAGAAGACUGCCAAGUGGUAUUUUCCCUUUCGAGGGGCAUUUUGAAAGGGGGCUUUUCGUCAAUUGUAUCUGAGGGAAAAGGGGAUAUUGAGGGGGGGUGGGGGGUGAGGGAGCCGUGUAUCUGAGGUGAGAAGAGGAGUGCACAGCACAAAAGAAACACCAUAAAUCCACCCCCGUCUUUCCAGUAUUGUCCAGUAUUGUCUUUCUAGUAUUGUCCAUUGUUUUAAAUUGCCAGGCUCGGUGUUUCAGAUAUGUGCUUUUUGAAGUCCACUAAUUUGUGUGUUAAAACGAAACACUGUAGAUUUAGUCGAAAUAGUAUAUCGUGGUAUGGUAUCUUUUUGUUUUUCAGACUCGUAACAAAGUCUACAAGAAAAUCAUGUCACUUCGUCCACGUAAUCUGUACUACAUCGGCGCCAGGUCUCCUGCAAACCUUCUUAGGGCCUCGGGGCUCACAGAGAAGUGGGUCCACAGGGAGAUAUCCAAUUUUGAGUACCUAAUGCAGCUAAACACCAUCUCUGGGAGAACCUACAAUGAUCUCAGUCAGUACCCAGUGUUCCCUUGGGUGCUUGUGGACUACACUUCAAAAGAAUUACGUCUGGAUGAUCCUUCUGUGUACAGGGACCUGUCCAAGCCUGUGGGAGCACUCAAUCCACACAGAGUUGACGCAUUAAAAGAAAGGUGCUUUCUUUCUCCUUGUUUCCUAUGGUUGCUUAAGUAUUAACUGACAGAAGCUUCACCUUGAAAAAAAAAAAAGAAAGCGUUUAUUUGAUAACAGCUCAGUAGCUCCUGAUGUAAGAUUUUAUUUAACAGCUGUCAUGUGCACAACAUUUUAAUCCCUGCAAAUUUACGAAUUCCAUGACAAGCUGAAAACUACAAAAAGCUUGAUAACUGCAGCCUUGCGUAACAUAUUAACCUUUAUGGAUGGUGAAGCACCUUUAAUAGCUCCUGUCGUAUGUGUUCCCCUCUACCCUUUGUUUUGUUAGGCACGUCACAGCCCCGCCCCUGUCAGUCCUGUCAGUGUACUAAAUUUCAAUUCGGUGUAAAGGGGAACAGAAUUUGUUCGCUUCUCUAAAAAUAGCAGACAGGGAAGGCACAAGACAUUUGUGAAAUAACAUCAUAGUGUGGUCCCGCGGCGUGAGUUUCUUACGUAUAACUGUGCAUACGUUAAAGAGAACGCACGCAAGGUAAAUUGUAAGGUAACAUUGUUUGUCUGUUUUACAGAUAUGAUGGUUUCGUAGAUCCCAGUGGGCUGAUUGCCAAAUUUCAUUACGGCUCUCAUUACUCCAGUUCAGCAGGUGUCCUUCAUUACAUGUUACGUGUAGAACCAUUCACCACACUACACGUUAAACUUCAGAGCGGACGUUUCGACUGCGCCGACAGACAAUUCCACAACAUUGCCUCUUCCUGGGACUCCAUCUACUCAAAAGGUGGAGAUGUCAAGGAACUUAUCCCAGAGUUUUUUUACUUCCCAGAUUUCUUGGUCAACUCAAACAGGUAAAACAAACCGCAGGGUUCUUUGUGUAGGUACAUGACGUGUACAGGAGAGCGCAAGUAUGUCAUCACAAUUAAGAAUCGAAAAUCGCCAAACCAAUUAUCAGUCCUGGGACUCGUCUGGUGAAAAAUCAUGAGUCCCAGUUCAGAACCAUUGAGGCCCAGUUACAAAAACAAAGGGCCCUAAAUUGAACAUGCUUGGUUCUUUGUGUAGCAAGCACAGUUAAUCUGAAGACAGACUUCAAAACUCUUUACACAGUUUACUAAAAUAAAAAUAUACUCCAUCUCUUCUUAAGUACAACAUAGACUAAAAGAAAUAAAUGCCGUUGAACAACAGCCACAGCAAUCACACGAACAGGAUAUUAUACCAAAAAAUCUUCAAAUCGAUCGAUCGUUCUUUGCGUUCUACGGGACGCGCGCAUGCCAUGAAUUACUUUGCGUCUUUGGGGAUUUUUAUGCGUCAGUGACGCGGGACGCAGAGGUAACAAAAUCACUGCAACUAAGACGUUUCUGGGCCUUUUUUAAAAUUCUGUUUGGUUCAGAUAAUUAGGUGAUUUCUUGGUGUUGUUGAAAGGUGCAAUCACUAAAUGACGUAACACAGAAGAUUGAAAAGACACUGAACAGUGGCCACACCACAAAACAAUGCCUAACCAACAACAGUUUCCACAUCACCACAAAACACUGAAUGUUUAGUACAAACAACAUUCGACAUUUACAUAUACAAUAGUGAUGCUCUUUCAUUUACCCUUGUAGGUUUGACCUCGGUCGUCUCCAGCGUGGAGAAGCUGUUGAUGACGUCAUUCUCCCAACGUGGGCGUCCUCGCCUGAAGAUUUUGUGCAAAAACACAGGCAGGCAUUAGAAUCUGAUUACGUCUCUGCUCACUUACACCAGUGGAUUGACUUGAUUUUUGGCUACAAACAGAAAGGACCUGCUGCCGCUGAGGCUUUGAAUGUUUUUUAUUAUUGUACUUACGAAGGUAAGGACCUUUUGCAAAAAAUGUCCGAUUAUAUUAGAUCAAUAUAAUGCUAUGCAAAUUAAAUUUUCUAGAACAAUUACUGUCAAAGGAAAACUGUUGCUCUUGCUCUUUCUUUGUCGGUUGGUAGAUGACAACAAUGCUUCAUAUCUAGAUGAAAAAUAAAGUAUCUAUAUCAAGAGCGGUAUUCAAAAAACUUUUUACGACAAUUACUGUCAAAGGAAAACACUUGCUCUUGCUCUUUCUUUGUCGGUUGGUAGAUGACAACAAUGCUUCAUAUCUAGAUGAAAAAUAAAGUAUCUAUAUAAAGAGCGGUAUUCAAAAAACCGGGACAAAACACAAAUUGUAUUCAGCUGGGAAGAGUAAGGGAUGGGGUGGGGCUAUGAAGAUUUAGAGGAGGGCAGCCAUUUUUUGCUGUAAGGAAUGUUAAGUUUGUGGGAGGCUACCCUUCAAAUAUUCUUUGAAAUUGCCGAAUCCUGACCACCCACCCACCGUAUUUUUUAUGAACCUUUGCUUACGUUCAUCAAGAUUUGCCCUGCAACUAUCCGACUAUAAAGUGUGUCCAGUUAAUUGAUUUCUCAUUCUCAUUAAUAUCAAUCUUUUGUCCUUAUUAGGGGCUGUUGAUCUUGAUGCUAUCACAGAUCCAGCUGAGCGAUUGGCCACUGAAGGAAUGAUUAACAACUUUGGUCAGACUCCCACUCAGUUGCUUACUCAGCCUCAUCCACAGCGCAUGUCCUUGGAGGAGCUCGCAAAGUCGAAAACAACAAAGAAUGCGGGCACAAGCAAAACACUUGCGAAUGUUUUUCAAAGCUUUGAUGUACUGAAGGCUUACUUUGUAAAUGUAAGUUAUUCUUCUUUAUUCUGUACCCCUUUUUUAGGCAUGGUGGAUUAGCGGAAAAUUUAACAGUCUUUUCCCUGUCUACUCUGGAUAGUUAAGGAUGAACUAUCACCCUUAAUCGCUAACAAACCGACCUUUUAUUUUGUUGUUGUUGUUGUGUCAGUGUUUUACCGAAUAGAAUUUGGAUUUUUUGGGGUUUAAGCUUUGGCAAUCGUAGGAAAAAAAUGUCCGGGUUAAUAACUUGUCUUACUCAUUUUUCGUAGGUGUCUGAUACCGCUGACCCCUUGGUUUUCACUGCAGUGUCCAAAGUUCACAGCAGAUCGCUCAUCCACUCGGGCAUGCCAGAAAACAUGAUCACUAUCACCCAAAAUGGUAUUCUGGGAUUACACGACUGGCUACCAUACUCCAAAAACAGAGCAAAACCUUUCACUUUUGAAUGCGACCCUUCUCUAUCAUCGCCCAGGUAACGAAGAAAUUAGGUCAUACAAAUUCGUGACAUUGAAAGCUAAAUGAUCACAAUUUGUUUUCUCUUCCACUGCAGGUUACGCCGUCGUAUUGCGGGUCCAUUUACCCCUGACUUACACGUAUCAUCUCACCUAUUUACUGUUACCCAUGAUGCUAAGUUGAUCAUAACCGCUGGCCACUGGGACAACAGUUUCCGAGUUUUCACUUCCAAAGGCAGGCUACUAAGCAGGAUUGUGGCCCACACAGGUAUGAACUGCGGGUGGUAAAAUACAGUUAAUACUCAACAAGAAUCGACGAAAAUAUACAUCAUCAAUCGAGAAAUAUUAGGGCCAUUCGUUCUUGAGAGUAUCAGUCGGCUGAUGCAUUCAUACAUACAAGUGAAGGCUGCCAUUGACACUUGUGCAUUUUUUGAGGGUCUCACCUAGUUCCCAGGCCAAUUUACUCCUCCACAAUCAAUCUGCAGAAAUUUUCUGCUCUCACUUAGAGCUAUCAUUUUGUUGUUAGCUGGUAUUACUUCGUAUUUCUCUCUCAAAAGCAAACUUAGUGCGAUAUCACAAUAGAACAUGCAGAAAUAAACUGCUCUUUAGUCCUACUUUAAUUGCUCACAUUACGAAUCUGUAUGAGGACAGUGGAGGAAAUGUGGUGUAACGACCUUAAAAUGAAAGCUACUGAGCAGUACUUUCCUGUGGUACUGCUUUUUAUACCAUACAAGGUAGUUUUAACAUUUAAUUCUGUGGAUAAAAUUCCAUAACGUGACAAUAAAAUGUGAGCCGCUAAGUAUUACUCUCCUGUGGUACCGUUACGUGCGAACAUUUAUAUGAAAGUUGUUGAACAUUGCCUUACUUCCAUGUUGUAUAAUUUAUGAUGCUCCGAAAGAUGGUUCUAGGUUUUUAUUUGUGUUUCAUAAAACUAAUGCACAUUGACAGUAAGCUAUUUUUGUUCGAAGAUGUGAUAACGUGCGUGUCAUUGGAUGAUGAUGGACAUCACCUGAUCACGGGAUCACGUGAUACUACCUGCCGGCUGUGGGAAAUCACUCAUCAGGGUGGUAUGGCUCAGGAACUUUUACGCACGCCUCUGGAGACCUUAUAUGGUCAUGACAAGCCUAUUACGUGCGUGGCUAUGAGCUGGGAACUUAACAUGGCAGUCAGUGGAUCUCAGGUUGGUUUAAAUUUAGUAAUUUCGUAGACACACAUUGGUACGCUACACAGGAAACAAAACCUAGAAAUUACACUGCAGUCUAUUUUGAACGAAAAAAGAAACACUUAUUUCUUAUCGUUAAAAAACACUGCCUGUUACCGUAUACUGGCUUAUUUUGACAACACCUUUUUUUGUCUCAAUGGGUUUGAUACCACUGAUACAGUUAUUGUACAGUGGAGCCUUCAUGUAAGACCACGUUAUAAGUGACCGCAUGUCUAACAUUCCAAGAGCAUUUUUUUCCUGUAAGAGCACUUAAACUACAACCUCUUUUAAGCGACCGUCGCACUUAAGUACAACAUUUCUUGGCAAAGACUUACCAACACACUAAGCAAUCUCAGUCGGCGUAACGAUCCAGUCGUGGCAUUUUGAGAUCAGUUAAUAAGAGUUAAUGUCGUUGUUUUUUACUCUGUGGCACUAGAAUGUUGGAUUGUGUAUUGUCGAUUGACAAGUUUUGAAAACAUUUUUCUACAGGAUGGGACCUGUAUUAGGGUUAGGAUUAGGAUUGUGUAUUGUCUUUUGACAAGUUUUGAAAACAUUUUUCUACAGGAUGGGACCUGUAUUAUUUACACUGCGCGAAAAGGAGAGUAUGUACUGACGCUGAGACCCAUGGGAAUGCAGCUAAAUCAUUGUCACGUGACUAGCCUGGCUUUGUCCGAACAUGGUAAUAUCGUGGUAUAUUGCAAGCAGGAAUCAAACAGAGCUCUGUGCAGAUAUUCCAUCAAUGGAAAACUGUUGUCCAAAGACGUUAAGUUAAAAGACGACGUUGCUGCUUUGUUUAUUUCCAAUGAAUAUGUUGUUACAGGGGAUUCAAAAGGUAGACUGGAAAUCAGAACGCUGCACAGGUUUGAACUCUUCCUAGUUGUGUGAGAGUGUACGUUUCUGCGUAGUGCAUGAGGAGCUAGUCCAGUUUUCAAGAGCGAUAUCUUUUGUUUUUUUACCUCUCGCUAACUUGGGAUACUUGUCCCCAAGCUCCACUAUCAGGCGGAAAACAGACAACAGCUGCAGUAUAUCAGGGAUGAACUCUUCCUAGUUGUGUGAGAGUGUACGUUUUUGCGUAGUGCAUGAGGAGCUAGUCCAGUUUUCAAGAGCGAUAUCUUUUGUUUUUUUACCUCUCGCUAACUUGGGAUACUUGUCCUAUCAGGCGGUCAAGUAUAUUGCCCGACGGGACUGGGGAAUUGUCCUUUGUCAAUUUUCUGGAAUCUCCGUUUUUUGAACUUUUGAACUUUGCUUGUCAAAUUAUUAAGAGGUGGUCAAAAUUUAUCCACGUAAGUGGAAAGCAACUUGUAGCGUACCUAUUUUCUCCCUUCGCAGGUAAAGAACCCCUUAAUUUUUCAGUGUUCCGCCUGUUAUUACCUUCACCCAUAUUCAAUAGUCACGGUAACACAUUCUCGGAUAUAAUCCUACGUUAAUGCUCCUUUUGCUUCAAUCCCUUCGAAAAUGUCUCAAAAAUUAGGCGAGGUAAUAAGAAAGAAGAAAAAGAAGAAGAAAUAAUGUCCACCUGGGGAGAACUCACCCUUUAAGUGUCAGUAAUUUAUAACCCUUCUUUUCAGCCAAGGAAAGCGAUUGUCGACGGUUUGUGUAAUUAAUUAUUUUUAUCGCAUUUUCAGUUUUCAGGUUGUAAAGAAGAUGAAUCUGUUGCUCCCUAUCCGUUCUGUCUCGCUGGCGAGAGAUGGCACUCAUUUUUUUGUUUGUCUUGACGAUGGAAAGCUUAUUAUCAUUGCUGCAGAGAGCGGAUGACAUACACCAUGACACUGAAAAUUCUUCUAAUUUUGUUUAAAAAAUUGUCAUUGAUGAGGAUCACGGGCAGGUCCUGGAUUGUCCAUGAAUAACUGUACAGUUCACAAACUACACGUUUUUGCUAGAUAGGCGGACCACCAAAAGCGAACUAGAGGCAUCAAAUUAAUCUAAAAACUCUGUUUGGACUAAAAUCUCAUAGUUAAAGACUGGAAAGGUUAGCCUCACUGGAGAGAAAGAAUGGUCCAUUUAGUAUUUGAUCUAUCAAAACAAUUAGACUAGUUAGACCUUAAUGUUAUUAUUUUUCCAGCUGAAAUUUUUUCCAAAACAAUAUAUUACAAUGAAGUCUGUCAUUACACCUACAGAUGUGGUUGUAUAGUUCCUUUAUGUGCGGUAGAUGCGAAAAUACAAUUUCAGUUUGUAGGCAGGAAAAGCAUUAAAGGUUCUUUGAUAAACUAUUUUAGGAAAAUCCCGGCAGUUUUGAUACAGUCAAUUCUUAUCACCCUCUUGAAUGUUGGGACCCCGUGUCCCUCUUACAAAGGUGUCUGCCUUUUAGAGAGAACAAACUGUGAAGAGAGCACGAAUGAACUGCAGGUGUCCCUUGAGAGAGUUGACUGUAUCGUUGGGUAUCGAAAGAGAGAGAUGCUGUAGUAACAUGUACAAGUAUUGUCGGGGAGAUUUCAUCAGAAUUCUCACACCAUAUGAUUUGAUCUUUACUUCAUUCGUAUGACGUCUUUUGACUCUGGGGGUGUAGAGUUUAUUAUUCAGUCAUGUAAAUGCAACAAAGUUAUGGUGAUUGGUUUAUUGCAAUUACAUGUAAAGCUAUUUUGCUGAAGCAGCUGUUGUUAAUAUGUUUUAUUUAUGAAAAGUUGAAAAAAAAAGGCGAGAGGGGCAGAAGCUUCCAGUUUCUCCUUCAAAUAUUUUUUCGUAUUUUUGGAAUUUUUAGCCUUGGUCACAGGUUGAUAACAGAGGCAUUGCCAUUUGACUGACAUGGAAGCUAAAAGAGUAAUAAUAUGAUAUAGUGUAGUAAACAUUUCCCCAGAAAAGUAUAAUAGUAAUUUUGUUUUUGUUCUUGCUCUGUAAGGUACGCGGUGAUUUAUAAUGUUAAUCGUCGUCAUCCUAUCAUGUGUAAGAGGUGAAAAUGUUUUCUUUCCUCUUCUUUUUAUCCGUUCAGUGAAAGUGUAAACGCUACAGUUUAGAUGCAAUUAACAAAGCCCAGACUGUGUAUAACCUCGAACACUACAAAUGUUUCAUUUCAAUUCAAUUAAAACUAUACGUUACAUAACUUGUAUUGCAUUAUAAACAUGACUUGUUUGAAAGCAAAAUAAAUUGCGCAAGCAACGCA